AAUGGGAAGCUAUAAAGCAGGCUGACAGGUUAUGAGUGAGAAAGAGAGAAUAGCAACGUUAGCAAAAGAACGAAAAAUCAAGACCGUGUAUCACCAAGGAGCAAUGAUACACAUGGAUUGGCAAGCCAAAAGUUUCAACAUACUGUUAGAGACUAUGGAGAAAAAAAAACAAUGGAAAAUCCCCAAGGGAAUCUUUUUCAAGAUGAGUCCUAACCAGUCCAAAGCCAAAGGAGUGAUGAAAAGCAAAUCUCACAGGCCAACUGUGGAUGACGUGCAUCAAUGGGCCCGGUCACUUGACAAGCUACUCGCUCAUAAAUAUGGUAAAGCCGUCUAUUGUGUUUUCCUGAAGUCCGAGUUCUGUGAAGAGAACAUAGAGUUUUGGACGGCCUGCGAGGAUUUCAAGACAAGCAAAUCAAAAUGGGAAAUGGCAUUCAAGGCGAAACACAUUGCUGAGGAGUUUGUCAAAAGUAAUGCACCCAAAGAGAUCAACCUGGACUACGCCACCAAGAAUGGCAUUCUGCAGAGUCUGGCAGAACCCAGCGGUAGCACUUUUGUGGCUGCUCAGAGGAAGGUGUACAGCCUGAUGGAAAAUAACUCCUACCCCCGCUUCCUCCUCUCUGACCUGUACCGAGACCUGCUGCUGGACGUCAAGACACAGGGCAAGAGGAACUAGCUGGCUGCCUGCUGGGAGCCCCAGCUUUCCGCCGCUACCACUGGGACCUGAUGUUGUUGAGUUAUUCCAGUUCCAGACACUGGCAUAACAGACUCUGAUGCAAAUCCAAGUUAGGAGCAACACACGAACCAGCGGAUGAUAAAAAAAUGACUAAGAAGCUACAUUGCAUGCUGGGAUGUUUUUGUCACCAGUGAAAGAAGUCAAGGGUUAUGUUGAAAAUGGUAAAGACAGCAAUGUGAAGCUGUUUAUUGCCUACAUUGUGGAGGACACAAUUGCAAUGAUGCUCAAACUUUUGGUUUCUGAAUGAUGAAUGUAUGCGUAGAGACACUGUCCAUUCAUAUUUGAACGUUGUUACUUUUGCCUUUCGCUUCUGGCAAUGUAAAGGUUUAAAAAUGUUAACUAUUGACAAAAGUCAACUAACUUAUUAUUUGAAUUGCCAGUUGUCAUUUACAUGGGUGUCUGUGACCCCAUAUGCCUAUUUUAUAUAUUACUAAAAGUUUUAAUAGAUGUGACAUUGUGCCAGGGGGCAGCCGGGUUGCUCCAUGAAAGAUAUUAUUUUAUUUCCUCUGCGGUUAAACAGGAAUUUCUGCUCAAAUUAAUAGUUUUUUACAAAUCAAUUGAUGACUUAUUUACUUUCAAACCUUUAAAGAUGCUAAAUGUAUGAUUUAAUAGCAAUCAUUUUGAUUGUUAUUCGUGAGAAAUGCUUGAAGAUUAUCUGUGGUGGUACACUGCAUCCAUGCCUCUGUAUGAGACAGAUUUUAGACCACUCCUAGCUCAUAUUUGAUUGGUUUGGGGAAAUCCAUCUUGGUUUAUCAGAGUCAAAUGCAACACUUCGCGGUGGCGAGCAAUAGAGGGGCCUUUUUUUUUUUUCUCAGUUGCUUAUUUUCACAGGAACAAGUUGUAAGAGGAUAGGAAACAUCAGGCACACUACACAACAUCAAAUCGAAAUCUGCCGUGCUUACACACACACACACACUUCUUGACCAAACAUUAGUAACAGUCGAACACUGUCUUUUUGCUGUGGCUCUGAACCCUAUAGUAUACGUAGAGUUGGUGCAGACAGGAGGUGAGAGGAAGCGGAAGCAGGGCUGCAGCGGCCCGAAGGAGAGCAGUGUUAUGGUGUGUGACACCCCCCGCUAGACACCCCUCGGUCGCUCUGAGCUCAUCGUAGAGGGGGUGAGCAGGCCAGGGCACCAUCAUCUAUCUCCCAAUUAAACCUGACGCCUUUUCUGUGGGACAUUACAUGAGUGCAAUAUCGCCCCCUUGUGGUGCAGUACACAGAGGCAGGCUCUCCACCCAACUACACCCCCGCAGUUGUCAACCAGCCACCUCGCUACUGCUUUUAAGGUCCAUCAAAAGAACAUGGUAUAAUAUUACAAAGGUGAUUUGACAGGUGAUUUGAGUUGUUCAGUAAUAUUUUACAGAACUAAUAAAAGUAGGCCUGCAACUAUAUAAACACGUUUCUCUCUGCUACGUACAGCCUGUUCUAAUUUCACCACUCAAGUGUCGCUGGUUGCCAUGGGAAACUUAGCAACAUCGCCGCAAAUUUGAGUAAAGGCAGUACGAGAGGUGCGUAUGUAAACACGAGACAAAAAUAGAACCAGCCACUGUUUUAGUUUGUGGACUACACAUCUAGACUACGGUACACUAAGAUGUGCUAUAUGCAGUAAAUACACAACAAGACUAGCAGGUUCCCCGAGUUAUUUAAAGCCAUAGAGAGAUAGCAAUCUUCACAGUCUUCAGCACGAGUUAUUUUCCGAGCUUUUCAAUAAUAUCCAGCAGUCAGAGCUUUUGUUGAGCUUUUUUUUGCUGUCCGCAUUUAAUCCAAUGGUACAAAGGGAGACCAUGCACAGAAUCGCUGGUCUGUCUUUACAUGAAAGAAGGCAAUUUCCUUUAACUGAAAGAAAACACCAUUACAUGAUGUCCAUGUGUGGGGUCUGUAUCCACCGUUUGCAUCUUUUCUACAAGUACCUAUCCUAAGGGGGCUUCAAUAUCAUCUUUCCACUGAGAAGAUUUAAAUAAACAAUGUCUUUCAGGACUCAAAUGUGGUCCGUCCGUUGACUACUGCAUGAGCUGUGCAUGGUGAAGUGCCACACUGGCCUUAAUCUUUAUUUUAGUUAAAUGUAACCAACACAAAACUGGUGAACACAGCGAAUAAGGAAUGCAUACAAAACUAGCUACAGUUGGAAAAAAUA